GGUAGCCAAAAAAAAAAAAGAUAGGAUAGAAACUGUGGUUGAAAUUACGUCUUGUGUUGACCGUAUGCGUGGUGUUGAGUUGAAACAAGCCCGUCAAAGUGUUUUGAGCCGUCGGCAAAAUGUAUUCAAGAUCAGGCCUUGAGUUGAGGGAUCAUGGACUUGGUGGACACCAAUGACGGAUCCGGCGAGAGUGAUCCACAUAACAGCGGUGCGGGAGAAAGUCCAGCUUUAAACGGAGGAAGAGGUAGCGGCGGAGGCAACGGCGGUGGUUCCAAUCCCAGUCAUUCCCAAUCAUCGUCCGCCAUCAGUAUUGUUCACGUUUCUGUGCCGCAAGCUCAAGUGCAAUCGGUGAUACAGCCGACAUCCGUCAUUCAGAGUACGCCUAGUCUACAAGCCAACUCCCUACCCAAAGGCAACAUCAUUUUAGUGAGCAAGCCAAAUUCCGUCAUACACACUACUGGCGGUGGUGGAGGCGGCGGAGCCAUCCAGACAUUACAAGUGAUUGAUAAUAGCGGUCUACACGAAGACGAGAACACCAAAAAAAGGCGCGAAAUCCUGGCGCGUCGGCCAUCUUACAGGAAAAUUCUCAACGAGCUAGGAGGUUGCGAGAUUUCCGAAGACAAAGGAGACUCGCCUGGCGGGAUCGAUUCGGAUAGCAGCAGUUCUUCGCCCGCUCCCCCUUCCAGCCAUAAUCAAAGGGCCUCGUCGGUCGCUAUCUCUGGCACGCACUAUCAGACCACAGCUGGUUUAAUCAAAGUCCUACCUGGCGGAACCAUCCAACUGGCUACAACAGCCGGCAAUACAAGCCAGGGUUUGGGCGAUGGUGGUGGUCAAACACUGCCUACCCUCACUAUGACAAAUACGCCGGGAGGAGGUGCUAUUGUCCAGUACGCUCAGGGUCAGGACGGCCAAUUUUUUGUGCCAGUUUGUGUUACUGGUGAUCUUCAAGCGUACGCAAUACGUCCCGUCACGACCACGGCCGGCCUUAAUUCAACGGGUGUUGUCGUUGGAAGCGGCACCGGACAAAGCUUACAGAAUUCCAAACUUUUGGCGGAAGAAGCCUCACGGAAUCACGAACUACGUAUGAAGGGAAAUAGCGGAAAUCACAGCGACGAGUGGGACCCGUCGGAGCCGACGCUGCAAAAGCGUGAACUUCGGCUGUUGAAGAAUCGGGAAGCGGCUCGUGAAUGCCGCCGGAAGAAGAAGGAAUACAUCAAAUGUCUGGAGAAUCGGGUAGCCGUACUCGAGAACCAGAACAAGGCCUUGAUCGAGGAGCUCAAGUCGCUCAAGGAACUGUACUGCAGUCAGAAAACGGACUGAGAUAUGAUGGAACGUGUGCAUUAGAGAGCCACAGAUGAUUUGAAAACAUCCAAGCGCGCUUUACCUUUAGAUUUAUUCCCCUUCCCCUCCAUCUUAAAUCUCUUUCCUUUAUUCAAAUUUGAGUCCUUUAAACCUUGUUCUCUAUCCAACAAUUCUUUUUUUUUUGCUUCUCAUUUUCCUUCGUUUUUUUUGUGUUGUGUGACUGCUGGAACAUGUUGGCCUGCCGCCAGUUUCAGACAUUUAAAAUCACUUGUAAUUUAUACUUUUUUUUUCUCCGCGCCGUUUUCAAUUUUAGUUUGGUAACUCCACUGGCAAAAGCAAAAAGAAAUCAACAAAGAGAGAAAACGCUCGUAUAGUGGAAGCGAGUUGGUGAAUCAUCUUUUUUUUUUUCAACCCAGCUCUUUCUAAUAUUUGUACAUCAAUCAAUCUAUGUUGAACAUUUUUUUUAUAUAUAUAAGAUUGUUUUCCUCUCUUUAAUUCAUUAUAGAUACAGUAACAGGAAAACAAGGCGGGUUUAUUUGGCUGUGGCGGUUCACGGUACACACAAGCUUAAAUUUUUUUUCUGGCACUUUUGUCUACGUUUUUGUGGGUCCGAAUCGAUUAUUGUCAAGUUGAUGAAUUAAUGAAAAUUGUACAUACAGAAAACUAUAUCAUUACUAGAUUUUUGCCAAGGCGAGUUCAACAGAGAAAAGAGAGAAAAACGUCGAUCUUAAUUCACAUGAUUGGAUGUCAUGUCAUCGUAGCCUGUGCUGUUUUUUGACGCCAUUUUGUACGAUUUUAUCGUUAGAUUAUUUUUUUUUCUUCUUUAUCUUCUCCAAACAUUUUCCUCCUAUCCAGAAGCCCAUAAUUUUUCUCGCCCUUCUCUUUCCUCUUCAGACUGCCUUACGAAAGACUGAUAAAGAAGAAUAUUUAAUCGCCAUGUUUUUCACCAGCCAUCUCAGUCUACCACCAAUAUUUCGACGACACGUAACUCGAUCCUUUCAUUCAGAGCCCUAUGCUUGUUGAUCCCGCGAUUUUGUGCGUGUCCCUGUUUUUUUUUUUGUCACUGGCUCCCUCUUUUUCUUUUCCCUUGUUCCUCUGCAGCAUGUAAAACGAUUUCAACUGAAUCUUUUGUAAUUUUCCACCUGUGGUUUUUGUACACACAGUAUGCCUUACAUGGCAUUACAAUACACUUUUUGGUGUAUAAAAUAAGAA